AUGGCCACCACGGUGCCCUGCACCCGCUUCACCGACGAGUACCAGCUCUACGAGGACAUUGGCAAGGGGGCUUUCUCUGUGGUCCGACGCUGCGUCAAGCUCUGCACCGGCCAUGAGUACGCUGCCAAGAUCAUCAACACCAAGAAGCUGUCGGCCAGAGAUCACCAGAAGCUGGAGAGAGAGGCUCGGAUCUGCCGCCUGCUGAAGCACUCCAACAUCGUGCGCCUGCACGACAGCAUCUCGGAGGAAGGGUUCCACUAUCUGGUCUUCGAUCUGGUCACUGGCGGGGAGCUGUUUGAGGACAUCGUGGCGAGAGAGUACUACAGCGAGGCGGAUGCCAGCCACUGCAUCCAGCAGAUCCUGGAGGCCGUCCUCCACUGCCACCAGAUGGGGGUCGUGCACAGGGACCUCAAGCCCGAGAACCUGCUCCUGGCCAGCAAGUGCAAGGGGGCGGCCGUGAAGCUGGCAGACUUCGGCCUGGCCAUCGAGGUGCAGGGCGACCAGCAGGCAUGGUUUGGGUUCGCGGGCACACCGGGCUACCUGUCCCCCGAGGUCCUGCGCAAGGAGGCUUACGGCAAACCGGUGGACAUCUGGGCCUGCGGGGUCAUCCUGUACAUCCUGCUGGUGGGCUACCCGCCCUUCUGGGACGAGGACCAGCACAAGCUGUACCAGCAGAUCAAGGCAGGCGCCUACGAUUUCCCCUCCCCCGAGUGGGACACGGUCACACCCGAAGCCAAGAACCUCAUCAACCAGAUGCUGACCAUCAACCCCGCCAAGCGCAUCACCGCGCACGAGGCGCUCAAGCACCCGUGGGUCUGCCAACGUUCCACGGUGGCCUCCAUGAUGCACAGGCAGGAGACGGUGGAGUGCCUGAAGAAGUUCAACGCGCGGAGGAAGCUCAAGGGCGCCAUCCUCACCACCAUGCUGGCCACCCGGAACUUCUCAGUGGGCAGACAGACCACCGCUCCGGCCACCAUGUCCACCGCGGCCGCCGGCGCCACCAUGGGGCUGGUGGAACAAGCAGCCAAGAGCAUGCUCAACAAGAAGGCCGACGUGGUGAAGCCCCCGACCAACAGCACCAAGAACAGCGGCGCUGCCACCAGCCCGAAGGGGACGCUUCCUCCAGCCACCCUGGAGCCUCAAACCACCGUCAUUCAUAACCCUGUGGACGGGAUCAAGGACUCGUCGGACAGCGCCCACACCACCAUAGAGGACGAGGACACGAAAGCGCGGAAGCAGGAGAUCAUCAAGGUCACGGAGCAGCUCAUCGAGGCCGUCAACAGCGGGGACUUCGAGGCCUACGCGAAAAUCUGCGACCCAGGCCUGACCUCGUUUGAGCCUGAAGCUUUGGGCAACCUGGUCGAAGGGAUGGACUUCCACAGGUUCUACUUCGAGAACUUGCUCGCCAAAAACAGCAAGCCGAUCCACACGACCAUCCUGAACCCGCACGUGCACGUCAUCGGGGAGGACGCGGCCUGCAUCGCCUACAUCCGCCUCACGCAGUACAUCGACGGCCAGGGCCGGCCCCGCACCAGCCAGUCCGAGGAGACUCGCGUGUGGCACCGCCGCGAGGGCAAGUGGCAGAACGUGCACUUCCACUGCUCAGGAGCGCCCGUGGCCCCGCUGCAGUGAAGAGCCCGAUGGAUCGUGUUCGGCGCCCAGCCGCUAGGCUCACGGCCUGCCUGUCGCAUGUUUGUGUCUGCCUCUUCCUCCCCUGGUGCCUGUGUCUGCAGAAAACCAAGACCAGAUGUGGUUCCUUUUUAAAAACAAGAUGACGGCAACCACAAAAAAAGAAAAAUAAAUAAAUGUCGGAUGAAAUGUGAAAAAAAACUUACAAAGGAAACGCUGUAAAAACGACUGGCAUUGGUGGGGCUUGAACCUGCUGGCCACUCUGCACCCGAGCUCCAGUCUGUCCGCUCCAGGCCUCCAGCCGGCGGCGCACUUGCCCACGGGCAGGCCUGUUGCCCUCACGUGUGUGUUCGAUGGGACCCA